UAAUGUAAUGUAUUUAUUUUAAAACUGGUUGAUCUUUUUAUGAUGUGAUGCUAAUGAUAAUUAGCUACAGGAAUGUUAACAUAUGGUGUUUACACGCCGGUUUGUGCGGAGCCCAGAUAAAAACCCGGCUCGGGGCCCCAAACAGUCUCGGACCGGCCCUGCUGGCCUGGAUAAGUUUUGCAGCGUUUGGCUGCUGGUGUCAGUGUGAUGCGUCUCUGCGCUGUCAGUGGAUCCUCCGCUCCAACUCCUCUUGUCUUCAUCCUGUCAUGCGUGCACUUCCGGCUCCAUCUCCCUGACUGAUCACCGCAAUCCUCCCGCAGAUGUUCUUGCGCGCACAGGAAAACCCGCCGACAGAAUGAACGGUUACGGAUCCCCGUACCUGUACAUGGGGGCCCCGGUGUCGCAGCCCCGCGCACCGCUCCAGAGGACGCCCAAGUGCGCCCGGUGCCGGAACCACGGCGUCCUGUCGUGGCUGAAGGGACACAAGCGCUACUGCCGCUUCAAGGAUUGCACCUGCGAGAAGUGCAUCCUCAUCAUCGAGCGGCAGCGCGUCAUGGCGGCGCAGGUGGCGCUGCGCCGGCAGCAGGCCAACGAGAGCCUGGAGAGCCUCAUCCCGGAGUCCCUCAGGGUGCUGCCGGGCAUCGGCGUGAGCGGGGCCGGUGACGGGAGCCGGGGAGACCCGCCGGCGAGGAGCGAGGAGCUGGAGCUGCGGUGGAGCGGCGCGGAACCUGCGCAAACACCUGAUUUUUGUUUUCCUUCAUGUGUUUUAAAUGUUUGGGUGACAGAAGCUGCGGAUGACGGCCAAGACGAGGCGUCGGGAGGUGAGAACACCGGCAGCUCCAGUGACAAGGAGCCGGACCCGGCCAGCUCCCCGGAGGGAUCCAAGCCCAACUCCUGCUACACCCCGGAGCCGCCGGAGGCCGCCCCGCAGCCCGACGACAGCCGCUACAGCCUCCCCAAGGCCGGCGGCGCCGACAAGGAGGCCAAGGCCGAGAGUCCGCAGCGACACCCCUCCGCUUCCGGGGAGCCGAACCUGCUGAUCGAGGGCCUGUCCGGGUCCAUCAGCCUGCCGCUCAGCCUGCGGGCCAACCGGCCCCCGCUGGACGUCCUCAAGAAGAUCUUCCCCACGCACAAGCCGCCGGUGCUGGAGCUCAUCCUGCGGGGCUGCGGCGGGGAUCUGGUCGGAGCCAUCGAGGUGCUGCUGUCCAGCCGGAACCCGGACGGGAGCGCUCAUCCUCACGCGGAGCCCCACCCGGUACCGGACGGCCUGGUUCUGCCGCAGAACGGACACCUGUUCGAGCACGCGCUGGGCUCCUACCACCCGGUGUCCUCCUCUGCCAAGUGGUCCGUGGGCUCCGCCUUCCGGGUCCCGGACUCCCUGCGGUUCGGCUCGGACUCCGCGUCGGGCGCGCUGGGUGUCCCGCUGCAGCACCCGUCCUUCCCGCAGCCCGCGCGCUACCCGCUCAUGCUGCGCAGCUCGCUCACGCGCAGCCAGAGCGGCCCGUUCGUGCACAACGACGUGACCCUGUGGAACACCGUGGCGCUGCAGCAGCAGUACCAGCUGCGCUCCGCCGCGCAGUACGUCUCCCCCUUCGGCCCGGCGGCGCCCGCGGGCGCCGGCGCCUCGGUAUUCCGCGGCUCCCCGAUCAUCCCGUCCAGAGCCGCCGAGGAGCCGCGCAUCAGCAUCCAGGAGGAGAGCUGCACGCUGGGGCCCAAGGCGGGCCUCUACUCCCCGGAGGAGGACUACGAAGAGCGCUCCGACUCCGCAGACUCCCGCAUCCUGAACGCGUCCACCUGAGGCUUUGACCCGUUAAGGAACCAAAAAAAAAACAAAACGCGCCGAUGUGGAAGGACGCAGAAAUGUUUCUGUUGUUUAAACCGUUUGAACAACACGGACGAGAUGACUUGACCAAAACUGGAUGAAUGUAACGGACUGAGCUUUUUCCUGUCAGCAUGUUUCUCUGAUCAACUGCAUGUUCAAAACGCCAAAUAAACCCGAUCAGCUUCA